CAAACGCGUCAAUCACGUGCACGCAGUUGUCAACACGCGUUCUGGAGAGGGUCCAGGUUUUUGCUUAGCGACGACCUGAAGACAGAUGGCGAACAUGCGCCGUGUACAGAGUGUGCGCAACUACGGAAAAACACCUCUUGCACUAGCUACAGAUGAUCUCGGCAUUCUUCGUGAGGGCGACGAGCCUUCUAUCGAAGAUGUAUUGCGACGGCAGCUCCUAGACAAAGAUCGCGAGAAUGAUAAGCUUCAAUCGACGAUAUUGACUCUACAACAACAACUUGCUUUGCGGCCACCCAUAGAAAGGAUCCAGGAGCUGGAGAAGGAAUAUAAAAAUCUGGAUUUGAUUCUGCAGGGAACUCAGAGAGAGAAUGAAAGGUGCAUGGCAGAACUGGACAGGGUGAAGACAAGGGAGAAAAUGUUGGAGCAAGCCUUGGCCAAAUUCGCGGGCGAGAAUUGGCAGAGUGUGCUCGACAUCGCGCCACCUUCGUCGACAUUCGCCGCUCGUGCUGUCAUGGGGUCCGUCUUCCGAGGGACGCCAACACCCCAGUCGGGCAAUCCUGAUUUAUCUACUUCUUCGCCUGUCUCUCAAGCAGUGGUUGAAUCUACGUUAACGCAGGUAGAACAGAUCCGCCUCCUCGUCCUUGGCAUGGAGCAGCGCUUGCAGACCAGGGAGGAGAAACUCGCAAAGACAAUCGAGCAUGCUGAAGCGCAAGAAAUCAAGUGCGAUGCGCUUAAGAAGGAGGUGAUCGCCACAAAAGUGGCUCCAUAAUCUACGUUGCGUGUCUUUUUCCGCGUUUCCUUUCCUUUUUUUUUUUCCUUUGCAUGUCUGUACCAUAGCACUCGGAGCAUCAUUCCCGCAUAUCCAUCUAGUUAUGCUGACGUGGCGAUCCUUAUCGUCGUUCGCGUGUCACAGGAUCCUAUCCCAAAGAUCCUGGAAUAUUUCAUACCAUCUUUCGAGCGAUGGAGACCCUCCUGAACAUGUUGAUUUUAUGACUGUCUACAACCGCUUCAA